CUUUUUGCUCAUUCACAAAUCACACCAACACAACACACAAAUAAUAUAUUAACACACUUCCCAAACCAAACCACCUCACACACACACACACACACUUAUCCAUUGGUAAGUUCCAACAUCAUUCAUGUCUUUCUUUCUUUUGUUUUCUGCUUUUGACUCCCCCAAAGGGAUACAUCCUUUUCCUUUUUCUUUAGUGUGAGUUGGAUCAGUGAGCCAAAUGCCAAACACACUUCACUUGGCUUUGAGAUCGGGAUCCUUCUCCUAUGAUUCUUUCUUUUGUUUAAUGGGGAUUUACUGAGGAAUUCACCCUUCAUUCCUCGCUUGCUUUUUCUCAUUCGGUUCAAUGAUCUGUUACUGUUAGUUUUUGUUGUCGGUACUUCUCCUCUCUGCUCUCAAAAUGCUUUUAUUAUUACUACAGCAAAUUUGGAAUAUUUAGAUACUUGAAAAAACUCAACUUUUGAUAUGGGUAGGUAAGAAAAGUAUCUUUCUUCCAGAAAAAGGAAGUAAAGUAACUAUUUUUCUAUCCACAAAGCUCCCUUCUUCAACUUGGUUUAUUCUAUUCUUCUGUUAGGUUCAUUUCUCAUUAUGCUUACGUUGGAUUUCUUUUCCUGGUAAUUUUGCUGCAAAAAACUUACUAACAGAAAGGAAAAAGAAAAAUCAGACUUCCAUUUUUUUAACUUUUCCUUCUAUCUUUUUCCUUUUUGCUAUUUGGGUUAAAAGAAAAAAGAGACUAACAUGUUUCUAUUUUUGUCUUGGGGUUGAUAAGUUGCAAUUCUUUGUAAAAGGGAAGUAUUUUCCACCAUUUUCUGGUUUUUGUUUCCUAAAUGAAUGGUGAGUAUUGAAACUGCAUACUUUGUACUUUGGUUUAGACCUUGUCUGAUUACUGUUUCAACCUGUUUGCAGGAGUAUAAAUGAUGAGUGCACAAUUGGGGCUGCUAAAAGUCAUUGUUGUGCAAGGAAAAAGGUUGGUGAUCCGUGAUUUCAAGACCAGUGAUCCUUAUGUUGUGCUGAAACUAGGGAACCAGACUGCAAAGACCCAGGUAAUUAACAGCUGCUUGAAUCCUGUUUGGAAUGAAGAGCUUAAUUUCACUCUUACAGAACCCUUGGGAGUUCUGAAUUUGGAAGUGUUUGAUAAAGAUCUGUUGAAGGCUGAUGACAAAAUGGGAAAUGCUUUCCUCAACCUUCAACCAUUAGUGUCUGCAGCCAGAUUAAGAGACAUCUUACGAGUGUCCUCUGGUGAGACAACCUUAAGGAAGGUCAUACCUGAUACUGAAAACUGUCUUGUCCGUGAAAGCAGUAUCAAUUGUGUUAAUGGUGAGGUUGUGCAGAAUGUUUGGUUAAGGCUUCGUGGAGUAGAGUCUGGGGAACUAGAAUUGAUCAUCAAGCUGGCCACACCUAUUACUCCUAAAACAUAGUGCAGAAAUUGCAAUUGUUCCAAGUGAAAAUCUCUAACCAGAUCACAAUUGUAACAUUUUGUGUGUAGCUGAGUCUUGCUUUUGAUUAACUUCUGCAUAGAUGAAUUUCUACCCAAAAAUGAAAAAAAAGAUGUCAUUGAUAGAUAAAAGCCUCUAGAAGCUGCAUUUUCAAAUCAACAUGUGGUGAUUUAUGGCUUCUGCUUUAUGGUGUGCUAAGUUUGUUACCAUGUAUUACAUACCCUCCCCCCAAAAGUAGAAACUAGCCCUUAUUUUAGCAAUGAUCAUUCAUUGGGCAUUCCGUGAGUUUUGAUGUUAUUGUAUUGAUUUUCAGUGAAGUUAAGAAAAGAGAAGUUGGUUCUGCUUA